AUGUGCGCAGAUGGUUACCGGGGCCAAGGCUGCACAAACUGCAGCGAUGAGCACGCCAUGGCGGACAGCAGUGUGUUCUCGUGCACUGCCUGCAGCAAAGACCGUCGAGUGCAGGCGGUGCAGUGGAUCACGUUCCUGUCUCAGCGCACCUUCCUUUUCGCAAUCGGAGCUCUGAGCGCCUUUGGAGCCAAGAAGGCUGGGGACCUGAAGCAAAGCAGCAUCUAUCUGAACCAGCUGAUGGCCUUUGCCACCAUCUCCAACACGACGCUUGCCGGCAUAUCAGGGCAUUUAUGGUCUUUUGCUUACCCUAAAGCCCUAAACCCUAAGCCCCAAAAACUGCCUUGA